AGGCGCUGCCGACCAACGGCGCAGUCGGAGCCGGGAGCACGAGUGCGCGCGUAAGACAGCACCGGCCGGCGGAGUCUCGAGGAGGCCCCGCCUUCCCGCCCCGCCCCCGCCGGCCUCCUCUCCUAGGGCUACCCUCCGGUCGCUGAGAACCCGGGCAGCCGCGCGCGCUGUGCAGCCAUGGAGGUCCCGGGUAGCCUGUGCAAGAAAGUCAAACUGAGCAACAACGCGCAGAACUGGGUGCUGGGGAUGCAGUGAUAAAAAAGACAGAAAAGGGUCCUGCUCUCAUGGAUAUUACAUUCUACCUGGGAGAGAGUUAAUUAAAAAGCAAAUAAAUGAAUGAAAUAUUUUCCCCUUUUAUCAGUUCUACCUUCUCUGAACAAUUUGUCCCUCAUACUGUUCGAUGCCUUUCAUGGAAGAGGGAAGACUGAGCUGGUACAAAAGUGAAACAGGCAUGCAGAAAUGGAACACACAGCAUAUGAAAAGCCAUGUAUUCCUCCUUCAGAGCAUUGGCCUGGCUGUGGGUGGGGGCAGAUACUGAGUUUCCUUCCCUGGAAGCUAGGGAGAUGCUGCUGGAAAAGUUGCCUAAAGGAGAAGGAAAGCUGGACUUGUAUCAAGAAUGUACUCCAUGUUGACUGACAACAAAACAGGAAGAAUGACAGCAGGAUCUAGAUCUGCACUGUCCAGUCUGGUGGCCACUAGCCACCUGUGGCAACUUAAAUUUAGUGAAAAUAAGAUGAAACAUUCCAUGUUUCAGGUGCUGCGUUUCCAUAGGAAGCUCACGGCCACCGUAUUGGACCGUGCAGUACAGAACAUUUUCGUCAUCUCAGAAAUUAUAUUGGACAGGGCAGGUCUAGAUAGUAACUUCGGGAUGGCUGCCGACCUUUUUUCCUACUUAUCUGUGUCUUUAUGUAUUCACGCACUUGUUUUUACUUUCUUCCCCGGGGAAGGAAAUUUCGAGAGAUGGUGGCAACUUUGAAAUCAUGGUUUUGGGCAAUUCUGUAGUCCUGGCUCUGGCAGGGUACCCAGCUGUCAGUUAGUCUCCCAUUAGCAUGGUGGCUUCUCUAAAGUUGAAAUGUGAAAUAAGCUUCCUAGCUUGUCUCUGUUACAUUGACCUUUGAGGAGUAAUUUUCUUCUCCAGCGAUUCUGGACCAGGGAAUGCAGAGAGCAACUAAUGUCACCUAUCAAGCUCACCAUGUCAGCAGAAACAAGAGGGGUCAGGUGGUGGGGACCAGAGGUGGCUUUCGUGGUUGCACAGUUUGGCUAACAGGCUUAUCUGGAGCAGGAAAGACCACAGUGAGCAUGGCUUUGGAGGAGUACUUGGUUUGCCAUGGUAUUCCGUGCUACACUUUGGAUGGUGACAACAUUCGCCAGGGUCUCAAUAAAAAUCUUGGCUUUAGUCCUGAAGACAGAGAAGAGAAUGUUCGACGCAUUGCGGAAGUUGCUAAGCUGUUUGCAGAUGCUGGCUUAGUGUGCAUCACAAGUUUUAUAUCACCUUAUACUCAGGAUCGCAACAAUGCAAGGCGCAUUCACGAGGGGGCAAGUUUACCUUUUUUCGAAGUGUUUGUUGAUGCUCCCCUGCAUGUUUGUGAACAGAGGGAUGUCAAAGGACUCUACAAAAAAGCACGGGCUGGAGAAAUUAAAGGUUUCACUGGGAUUGAUUCUGAAUAUGAAAAACCAGAGGCCCCUGAAUUGGUGCUGAAAACAGACUCCUGUGAUGUAAAUGACUGUGUCCAGCAGGUUGUGGAACUUCUACAGGAACGGGAUAUUGUACCUGUGGAUGCCUCUUACGAAGUGAAAGAACUGUAUGUGCCAGAAAAUAAACUUCAUUUGGCAAAAACAGAUGCAGAAACAUUACCAGCAUUGAAAAUUAAUAAAGUGGAUAUGCAGUGGGUGCAGGUUUUGGCAGAAGGUUGGGCAACCCCACUGAAUGGCUUUAUGAGAGAGAGGGAGUACCUGCAGUGUCUUCAUUUCGAUUGUCUUCUGGAUGGGGGUGUCAUUAACUUGUCAGUACCUAUAGUUCUGACGGCUACUCAGGAAGAGAAAGAGAGGCUGGACGGCUGCACGGCGUUUGCUCUGAUGUACGAGGGCCGCCGUGUGGCCAUUCUUCGCAAUCCAGAGUUUUUUGAGCACAGGAAAGAGGAGCGCUGUGCCAGGCAGUGGGGAACAACAUGCAAGAACCACCCCUACAUCAAGAUGGUUAUGGAACAAGGAGAUUGGCUGAUUGGAGGAGAUCUUCAGGUCUUGGACCGAAUUUACUGGAAUGAUGGUCUUGAUCAGUAUCGUUUUACUCCUACUGAGCUAAAGCAGAAGUUUAAAGAUAUGAAUGCAGAUGCGGUCUUUGCAUUUCAAUUACGCAACCCGGUGCACAACGGCCAUGCUCUGUUAAUGCAGGAUACCCAUAAGCAACUUCUAGAGCGGGGCUACCGGCGCCCGGUCCUUCUCCUUCACCCUCUUGGUGGCUGGACAAAGGAUGAUGAUGUCCCUCUGAUGUGGCGUAUGAAGCAGCAUGCUGCAGUGCUGGAGGAAGGAGUCCUGAAUCCUGAAACCACAGUGGUGGCCAUCUUCCCAUCUCCCAUGAUGUAUGCUGGACCAACUGAGGUCCAGUGGCAUUGCAGAGCACGGAUGGUGGCAGGAGCCAAUUUUUAUAUUGUUGGACGAGACCCUGCUGGCGUGCCUCAUCCAGAAACAGGGAAGGAUCUCUAUGAGCCAACUCAUGGCGCCAAAGUGCUGACCAUGGCCCCUGGCCUGAUCACCCUGGAAAUAGUUCCCUUUCGAGUUGCAGCUUAUAACAAGAAAAAGAAGCGAAUGGACUACUAUGACUCUGAGCACCAUGAAGACUUUGAAUUUAUUUCAGGAACACGAAUGCGCAAACUUGCCCGAGAAGGCCAGAAACCUCCUGAAGGUUUCAUGGCUCCCAAGGCCUGGACCGUGCUGAUGGAAUACUACAAAUCCUUGGAGAAAGCUUAAGCUGUUAACUCAGCCGCUUCACAUUUGACACCUCACUGGGUGACAAGAGGGGACCAUGUAGUAACUGUUGGCAUUUCUUUGUGGCAGUACCUGUCUGGAUGUACUUCCUAGAAACAGACCCCUUUCCUGAACUAGCAUCAGUUUUGGUCUGCCUAUGAGUUUUGUUCUGAACUAGUGUAACACACUCCUGGUCUUAAUGUAUCUUUUCCACUUAUAGUUAAUAUUCCUACAAUACAGUUUUAAAAUCUUGUCUUUUUGUAUGGUAUUUAUGCUUCUGUCUCAUGAUUUUUUCAAGCUGUUGUAUCAGUUGUAACCAAUAGUAUACGCAUUGAAUCUCACUUUUCAUCUCUCAAAAAAAGAAAAAAAGUCCACUAAACAGUAAACUUGGCUAGACCUUGUUUUGGAAAUUUUACAAGACAUCUGUAGCAAUUAGAUUUUUUUUUUUCUACAUUGAAAGUAUAAACUGCUUUCUUCCUUCCCAUCAGCUAUUGAUCUCUCAACUGUUACACUCUAAAGUAUAUUAAUAUCUGUGUAAGCCCUGAAUGAACUUUAUUCAAUAAAAUUAAACUUUUUGGCUUCUUA